AUGCUUGUGCCACGAUCAUCAUCAUCUGUCAUUUUCCAGUCACACUCCAUUUCUGUGAGCAAAAUAGGCUUUGCCGGCUUGUAUCCGAGAGCGCUCGAGCAGAACUCCAAUGACGAAAAGGGCUCGGGAUUUCAAUGGCGCACCUUUUGUAAAGGCAUACUACCUGGUAGUAGUCAAAAGCAAGCAACGAUGAUGAUGAACCCCAAUAAUAAGCCCAACAAGCCACCCUCAGCAGGAGCCAAAGCCGGUCUCUCUGGCUCUAGCAGCCGCAGCAACAAGCGUGUAUUGUCCUUGUCAAGUGUGAUUAGCAGCAACAAGAAAGAAGCGCCCAAGACGGAUACCAUACUGCAAUUGGAAAAGUUGCUCCGCAAUGACAACAAAAAGAAAAAGAAGCAGAAGAAUGAGCGUCCCAGUAAGCGACCAAAGAUCUCCAAGGAUGUGACGAAUGUGACGAAGGAAACAGAGAAACCGGAGGUUGGCUCCGUGAGAACUGCCUCUACUGGUACAUCCUUUGGAGGCCAAAAGACGAGUCUUUCCAGUCUAGUGGCGGGCAGAAAGAAACUCAACCCAUCAUCAACCAAUACUACUACCGGUAGUGCAGCACUCAGUUCUAGCACCAAUCGAGUGGGAGUAUCAGGAACCACAGCGAUACUCGGUUCUACCAUUUCUGCUGCGUCAAAGACAGUCACCAAGAAAGGAGGAGACCCAAGGAACCACAACAAGCGAAAACAUCCAAGUACAGCUUGCGUCAAUGCUGGCACUGCAUGUAGUACUAUCCAACAACCUCCUCAAGCAAAAGCACUUACAAAACCUACACGUCAGACAAAGCCUGAUCUUUUUUCCACUACACGACCAAUCAGUUCUGAGACUAGUAGCAAGCAGGAUGAUGCUUCUUCGUCUGAGGUCAACCGUACUCUCAUCACAAAAACCAAGCCGGCUGAGUCUCAUCCUCCUCAGACAACCAAAGUCAGUCUACAACUCGCCACUGCCAAAGCCAGGCGUUCCAGCGUUGCUUCGAGAAAGGCGUUCUCCGAGACCGCUACCAAUACAUGUACGGAUACACCCAAUCUACUCCAACCAGCUUCUGUUCUAGCAUCCAUGUUACCAGCAGUCGCCACUACCAAUGCACCCACCGUGCCAUCCUUUCUCUCCACAAACCACACUACUUCUACUAGUUUUUCCAGCAGCACCAAUUUACUGGAUUCCUCCGCAACAACCACUAGACAAACCUCAACAUUCGAAUCACAAUCACAAUUCCACAGCAGCAGCACUACUCUGCAGUCCAAAACCAAAACCAAGCAAAUCAAACCCAAACCAGUCAACAAUGACAACUUUGUCCGACAAAACUUGAGAAACAGUGCCGGAGCGUGUCGAGGGGCCCGGUCCAAGACCAAUCAAAAACGAUUGCUUCGCCGUCAUCGACAGGAAAAGUGGCAAGAACGGGAACGCUACAGUAAUAACAAAAGUGGCAAGAAUCAGUACCAAGUAGUGUCCACCGCAAGCAUUCCCUCGACGCAAUCGAGACGCACUGGUUUGGAUCCUCUCGAUGAUUACUUGGAUGGUGUCUACCAAAACAAGAAGACUACUUCUACCGAUCCCAACAAGAACAAGACCAAGUCCACCAAAGCAGCAGCAGCAAACGAAGAAAACUCGCAUCCCAAAUGUGCUCGUCAUCAAUUGCCCUGCAAAUUGCUGGUCGUCAAGAAAAAUACCACUGGCAACAAGGGACGCAAAUUCUAUGCCUGUUCCAUGCCCAAGGGAGAACAGUGCGAUUACUUUGAAUGGGCCGACGAUACCACCCAAGCCGCCGCUCGAGCCCUCUUGGCCAAUCGAUCCUACUCGGGGUUUGUGGCACGACAAGUCGCCGCUUACACGAGUCGGUUUCAGCAAUUGACAGUACCCGAACUAAAACAAGAAGCGGCACAACGGGGAUUGACUUUUGCUGCCAAUAAUAGCAAAAAGAAACAACUCGUGACACGCCUUUCUAUUUGGGUACGAGAUGAAUUGAGCAAGUUGCCACAAUAUAAAACCGAAAAGCAAAAGGAGGACAAGGUGCAACCGGCGGUGGCAGCUCCAAAGGAGCAACCUGCAGCAGCAGCAGCAAAACAGCAACCGAGCAAAGGUGAUGCGGCUUCCAAGGCAACCGACGAGUGUGACGGCAGUGAUGUGGAGGAUGACGAUGACAGCGAGAGUGACGACGACGAUGAUGACGAGUCUUCGGAUGAAGAAUUGGAGUUCUUUGCAUCAGAAAAGACCGCUGACACCACGGAAACUAGUAGAACCAGGAGCAGCCAGGAUGUCUCUUCGACCAAGGAUGAGAUGGAAGACGAGGACGAAUUUGACGACGAGGAAGAAGAGGCAUUGGACAAGGCUAUUGCUGAUUUGGACAUGGAUGAUUUGACCGCAACCCCUCAACUCCGAUGUCUCCGCGACAUCUUUAGCUUGCAGGAUUUUCGUCCUCACCAAGAAUGGGCGAUACAACGAUGUUUGGAUCACAAGCGCACACUCUUGGUGGCUCCUACUGGAUUUGGAAAGUCGCUCUGUUAUGCGCUACCUGCCGCAAUGAUGUCGGGCAUUUGCAUCGUGGUGUCGCCGUUGAUUUCGCUCAUUCAAGAUCAACUCCGAUCCCUACCGCCUCGAGUCCCGGCCGCGACCCUAUCGGGAUCCUUGACGGCUGCAGCCACGGCCGCCAUUGUCGACGAUAUCGUCCGAAACCGAAUCAAGGUCCUUUUCAUUUCGCCGGAACGUCUCGUCAGUGCUUCCUUUCGGCGGUUGUUCCGCCCGGUCUGGGAUCCGGAGACGAAAACGAGACAGAGAACUUUCCCAGACAUUUCGCUGCUCUGUAUUGAUGAAGCUCAUUGUGCAUCACAAUGGGCCCACAACUUUCGUCCUUGUUUCCUCCGAUUCAAACAUUUCCUGAACCUUCUCAACCCAAAAAGCGUUCUGGCUAUAACAGCUACAGCGGAACCUCGGGUUGUAGGUGACAUUUGCAACACGCUUGGAAUUGAGCAGCAUGAAAAAUGCAGUGAAGGCAGCACCAACGCAGGGGAUAGCCUCCGUAUACUCAAAACCGAUCGUGACAACAUUGAUGUGGAAUGCAUACAUGUUACCAGCAUUGAAGAGCGCCUUGCAAUGCUAUCCAAGAUAUUGAGUCCACGGCCACGAAAGAGCACAAAUGGCGCCCGAGCUGACGAUGAAUCCACGGCGAAAUUGCCUGGUUGCUUGGCAAAAGGCUCUGUGAUUGUGUACGUAUGGCGACAAAAAGAUACAGAGGUAGUGGCCGAACAGCUUACGGAUGCCGGUGUUGCAGGCGGCGUGGUUGUCUAUCACGGAGGCAUGAAUACGGCAGCGAGGACAAAAUCUCAGAGCCGUUUUAUGCGUGGAAAGGCUCGGAUCUGUGUGGCGACGGUUGCUUUCGGCCUAGGUAUCGACAAAGCGGACAUUGAAGGAGUCGUCCAUGUGAAUUUAUCGGCAUCACUGGAACACUAUCUUCAAGAGAUAGGACGCGCUGGUCGUGAUGGGCGCCCUGCAAAGGCUAUUUCCAUGCCAUUCCUCGAAGAGAUUCCAAUCCGCCAUUCUCUUGUUCACACGGACCUGAUUUCUCGUAGUCAAGUCAGAGCCAUCCUGUUGGAUUUAAAAGAACGGAUUGCCAAGGCUGUCGACAUGACUGAAAGCAAAGGAGGGCCCGUACAUGUGAUUUUGCCACUGGAAGUCUCCGUGCUCAGGUUUGACUGCAAGCAUGAGACCAUCGAGACAAUCUUGUCGCUCAUCGAAAGAGACGGAGGCGAGUCCCCAAUAUUACACGUGGAGGGAAUCACAUUCAACACAGCAACAAUCGCGUUGAAGAAACGCCCUCUCUCCAGUCUGGCCAAGACCGAAGAUAUUGCUCGAGCAAUCAAAGACUGUAGCACCUGUGUCCAUGCUCCUGUCCUCUCGGAGGACGGGAAGGCACCCACCGAGGACACGAUGAGGUGCGAUCAACAUCAAUCGAAAUUCGAAAAACGUUUCCUUGCCUAUAGUCAAGGUGCAUACUCCUUCUCUGUGAUCGAUUGUGUCAACCGACUGGGCCCCAGCGCAGAACCAAGACAUGUUUAUGCUGCUCUUCGAAGGCUCCAGUCGAACAACGAGCUAGAACUGUCACUGGAUACCACAGCAGCUGGGAGAGGUUUGCACGUCAUUGUUCACGCCACUGGCCAGGAGCGCUUUAACGACGACAGUGGCGAGUGGGUCGAAGAACUUGCGGAAAGCUUGACGGCAAGCUUUCACAACGCCGUCAACUCCAGCGCCAAGAAAGUCGUGGGCAUGUACCGGAUCAUGAAGGAGGUUGCCGACGCUGCCAACACGAAAUCUACAACAACCAAUGCCAACACUACAGAGAAGUCGGCGGGUCUAGCGCGAUUCCAGGAGUUGACUUCGCAGUAUUUCUCACGAGACAAGAACGGAGCGGUGGGCGACGAUUCGUGUGAUGUUGCCAACACAAAGGAGGGUCUCCUACCAGAUUCAUUCCAUAAAGUCCCUCUCAAUGAGCUACGCAACGAUGCGGUGGGACUUCUCUCUGACUUGCCUCAACUCGGGAAGCAUAGUCAGGUGCAGGAGGAGGGUUCUGUUAGGAUAGGUGACGCGAGGUUCAACGACUACACAGCAAUGGCAAUAGCCAAGUUCCUGCACGGCCUCGACGCUCCCAGGGUUCCGAUGAGAUCGUUCUAUUCGCAUCCUCUCUUUGGCAAGUGGAAAUCCGUCGAGUUUGAAAGUGUGCUGGGUGGCAUUGAAAAGUUGAUGGAAACGAGCGAAGGAUGCUAG